GCUCUAGCCUUUGAACUCUAGUGGCAAGCCUCGAUGUGGCGGCGCGCGUUGUGAACGUACCGUCAUUUAGGUCCUACUCUCAGCUGUGGAGAGAGUGAGAGAAGAAGGAGGUGUAGGUCGCUCUGUCUAUCAACGUCCAUUAUGUGUAUCGGAUAAGCGUUCCGUCUGUCAAGACGCUGUGAAAGCUGUCGUGAUACAGUGGAAAGUUAGAUCAGCGUACCUUCUUAGGAAGUCGUGUGGGAUAUACCCGUGUUAUAAGCUUCGAGCGAUAGGUGCUCAUUUUACGUGACCCUCCUCCGAAAUCGGGAGUACCGGGGUAUUUCGGAGUCGAGGAAGCGCGCGUGAGUUUGUGAGCGUCUCAAAGUUUAUUUUGUGGAGUGAAACAGAUUUGCCCCGGCCAUGGAGGGGCGAUACCUGUCUGUGAUCUUCCUGAUCGUGGCUUGUGUCACCUGCAUUGUCUUAUCCGAGGGAGCUGAGAAGCGAGCAGAGAUCGAACAAAACAAGAUCCGUGUGACGGACCACCAGCGGGUCCGGACAGACACAAGAGCCAGACAGAACUCCGACAGACGGAGGAUGACGUAUAACUCACGAGCUAGGCAACAUUUAGAACGCCAGAGACAACUCCGGCAACGACAGUUAGCUCGGCAACGUCAAGAUUAUAGAUAUAAACAAAGAUUAGGGUCGAGGAAUCGUCAAGCUGACGCACGCCGUCAGCAACAACAACAGCAGCAGCAGCAGCAACAGGAUGGUCGGCAAAGACCAACUUACAAGUACAACCCCUUAAAACCCCCGACAAGACAAACCAUGCCAAGACAAAGGCCUGUAAGACUUCCGGUCAGACAAACUCAGCCAAGACAAACCCCAGUCAGACAAACUCAGCCAAGACAAACCCCAGUCAGACAAAGUCAGCCACAACAAACCCCAGUCAGACAAAGUCAGCCACGACAAUUAUAUAACCCAACACAAACUUAUAAUUCUCGGCAGCAACAGGGCUAUAUAGCUCGCCUCCCGCAACCUGCUCCUUUCAGACAGGAGCUCCGUGACGCCUCACCACCGACGCAGGAAAUCAAGGGUUCGCCUAUGCCAGAUUCAAACCCAGGAUUCGUGCUGCAAACUGGGAUGCCCAACGUGUGCCCCUACCAGGAUGUGGAGAUGGUGAUGGUGAGACAGCCAUGUGUUCAGGCCUUCACUCGCCUCGUCAAAGUAUGGAAGCCCAACUGCGGAUAUACGCACAACUGGUGUGUUGGAUACGAACGAAGGACUCACUACUACACGACAUACAAGGAGAGGUUUCAGCCUCAGCACCGUACCAAGUUCCGAUGUUGUCACGGAUGGCAACAGCUGGCUAACGAAGGCUGCAUGUACAGGAGCUGUAACAAUGCUGUGUGUUUCAACGGAGGUCAGUGCAACGGAGGGUACAGCCAGUCCUGCGCCUGCCCACAAGGAUUUCAGGGACCUCGAUGCCAGUACGAUGUCAACGAGUGCAGCAUCAACAACGGCGGCUGUCAGAGUGACUGCAGCAACACCAUCGGCUCCUACCAGUGCAAAUGUCCCCGGGGCUUCGAACUCAACUCAGAGGGAAAGCAAUGUCAAGACAUCGAUGAAUGUGCUAACCAUAACGGUGGAUGUCAACAUAAGUGUCUCAAUACUAAGGGAGGCUUCAGCUGUGAAUGCCCCAAAGGUCAAAGGUUACACGCUGACGGCCGUACCUGCAUUCGUGAGAAAAUCACCCGGAAGCCCCUGGCGGACCUACAAGUUGAUCCUGUACGUAACAGACAAAACCCGUUCUACGGGAGUUACUAUGGUUACCAAGAUCAUCGUCAAAGACAGGGGAAUUAUGGGACAAUUCAAGGGGAAAGCGAGGGUCGGUUUCAGACGCUCAGCGGGAAACCCCGGUAUGACAACAGACCCAUAUUUAGCAGCAGUGCUCGACACCGCGAGCUCUACAAUAUACCUCACAAACAGAGAGUGACAAAGCCAGUGACGACAGACAAUCGAGUCGCCAAGCAACCACCGCCAAAACAAGUGAAACCUAAGCUGGAACAGAAGGCGCUAUAUUCCAAACAGGGAGACAAGUCAUACAUUGCUAUGCUUGAUAUGAAAGUCACUGGGACCGCUGUGUCGGGCUGUGGACAAAACAAUGGUGGCUGCCAACACAUCUGCGUCGACGGCUACAACGGACACUUCCACUGCCGAUGUCGCGAAGGUUUCCGACUUGGCCGUGAUAUGAGGACAUGUGAAGAGGAGAACCCAUGUCGCCGACGUAACGGUGGGUGUGAACACAAGUGCGUCUCGUCCAGCGGUAGAGCAACCUGCCAGUGUUUCGCUGGCUUCAGGAUCGCCUCAGACUCUCGGUCGUGUAUCGAUAUCAACGAGUGUGAGAUCAGCAAUGGCGGGUGUUCCCAAGCGUGCGUCAACACCAAGGGUUCCUUCGCCUGUACCUGCACCCCUGGCUACCAGUUGGGCGUCGACGGCCGCUCCUGCUACAGGAUCGAGAUGGAGGUCAUUGACAACUGCGCAGUCAACAAUGGAGGCUGUGCCCACAAGUGCCGCCACGGUGCCGGUGGCGCUAUCUGCUCAUGUCGCAAGGGAUAUAACCUACAAGCCGACAGCAAAACAUGUGAAGAUAUUGAUGAGUGUCAGACUGGUGACAACUGUUGUACUCAAUCCUGCAACAACAACCCUGGAGGCUAUACCUGCGGGUGUCAGACAGGAUUCCUACUGAACAGAGACGGUUGUACGUGUGAUGAUGUGGACGAGUGUCUGUCGGACAACGGCGGCUGUGAACAGCUGUGUGUCAACUCGGAGGGCUCGUACAGCUGUGCCUGCAAACAAGGCUUCGACCUGGAGCGGGACCGACGGCGGUGUCGAGCUAAGGAGGUCCGUGUGAAGGACCUGGGACCCCAGCGAGGAGACCUGCCCUUCCCCCGCUUCGAGACCUCACCACGCCCCGUCAUCCCCGUCAACGACAGCUACAACAUCCUCCUGUCUCAGGAACUGGCCGAGGCCACCACUAGCUACACCCCACCCGAUCUCCCCUACAAUGACAACAAUGUGGAGUGUAUCCCCGGGUCCUUCGGCCCCAACUGUCUGCUCACCUGCACCAACUGCCUCAACGGCGCCAAGUGCAACGACAAACAAGAUGGCUGCCAGUGCACAGCAGGAUGGAUCGGCAUCACCUGUAACGAGUCUUGUCAGGAGGGUAACUAUGGCGACGGCUGCAGCAAAAUGUGCACCUGCGAGAACAGCGGCACCUGUGAUCAUGUGACAGGCAAGUGCAUCUGUCCACCAGGGGUCGCCGGUGACCGAUGCCAAGAUGGCUGUCCACCUGGAUACUUUGGUGAAAGAUGUGACAAGAUGUGCCCCAAGCCGUGCACCAACGGCUAUUGCAACCGUGUGUUCGGCUACUGUGAGUGUGACCCUGGCACGUACGGCCCCGCCUGCAACCAGCCCUGUCCCUCCUUCACCUGGGGGUCCAACUGUUUGGAGCAGUGUGACUGCAACACUGAGUACACCAAGAAGUGUGACCCAGAGAAUGGUGACUGCUACUGUAAGCCUGGUUACCAUGGUGACCAGUGUGGGUUCCAGUGCCCGCAGGACAGUUACGGACCCAGCUGCAGCAAGAAGUGCGACUGCCCCGCGGACACCAAGUGCAACCAUGUGACUGGUUACUGUCUGCGUGACUGUCCCUCCGGCUGGUUCGGCCAGCGCUGCGAUGAACCAUGUCCUGGGGGCAAACACGGGGAGAACUGUUUGCUGACGUGUGACUGCGGGGGCAGUCUGUGUGAUGCCGAGACUGGCGUUUGUUCGUGCAAGGCUGGUAAAACGGGCAAGAAAUGCCAAGAACCGUGCCCGGAUGGAAGUUGGGGCAUCAACUGUGGGAAGAAGUGCAGCUGCGAGAACGGCGCCACCUGUGACACUGUGUCGGGCGAGUGCAUCUGCCGAGCAGGCUGGUACGGACCUCACUGUCGCGAAGGGUGUCCUAAAGGCCGAUUUGGAGACCAGUGCAUGAGUCGGUGCAUGUGCGAGAACAACGCCACCUGUGAUUCGGAGGAUGGCCGAUGCACGUGUAAAGCAGGAUGGACAGGACAGAUCUGUGACAGAGCCUGUCCCCCCGGCACGUUCGGAGAAAACUGCUUCCGGAAGUGCUUCUGUCGGAAUAGUGCGGAGUGUGAUCCUGUGACCGGGGAGUGCCUCUGUACUCCUGGGUGGAAGGGUGUCGGGUGCGACGAGAAGUGCCCAAUUGGUACAUAUGGCGCCGGUUGCCUUGAGCGCUGUCGCUGCCUUAAUGGUGCAGCAUGUGACCACAUUUCUGGUGUGUGCGUCUGCUCUGCUGGGUGGCGUGGGAGAUUUUGCGAGAAGGCGUGUCCGGAAGGAUUCUUUGGACAGGAGUGUCAGAGCAUCUGCAACUGUCCCCGUAGUACGGAGUGCGACCACGUCACUGGACACUGCGCAUGUGCAGCCGGCUUUGAUGGCGGGGAGUGUGACCAGCCGUGUCCAUUCGGGAAGUUCGGACCAAACUGUGAGCAACAAUGCAGCUGUGAUAACGGAGCUUCGUGUGACGCAACUACCGGGAAGUGUCAGUGUCGUCCUGGAUGGAAGGGUGCCCAGUGCGAAGAAGCCUGUCCCGACGGCAUGUACGGCGAGAGCUGCAUGCUGCGCUGCUUCUGUCUGCAUGAGGGGACGUGCAACCACAUCGACGGCAAGUGCAAGUGUACUGAGGGCUGGACAGGAACUGCCUGUGAGAGAGCGUGUGACCAGGGCUACCACGGCCCCGACUGUGAUCGUCCCUGUGACUGCCUGAACAGUAAGGCCUGCAACAGGUUCACCGGCAGAUGUAAAUGUGACCCUGGAUUUAUCGGUGAAAAGUGUAAUGAGACAUGCCAGGAGGGGUUCUUCGGCGAGAGCUGCUCCAUGAGUUGUGAGUGCGAGAACGACGCCGUGUGUGACCCGGUCACAGGGAUGUGCCAGUGUAACCAAGGCUGGACCGGACGAACAUGUGACCAACCCUGUACACCUGGUUUCUAUGGCAACCACUGCAAGGAGGCUUGCGAGUGCGGGGAACAGCAGCCUUGUUAUCACGUGACUGGAGAGUGCAAGUGUCGGCCGGGAUACACUGGAAGCGCCUGCGAGAAACAAUGCCCCAAGGGUAACUUUGGCCCGGAGUGUCGUGGACGGUGUGAGUGUAAGGGCGACAUGGUCUGCCACCACAUCACAGGGGAGUGCAUAUGUCCUCUUGGUCCAAAGGGCAAGGAUUGCCGCAAAGCGCGGAGGCAGGGUAGAAAGCUGUUUAAGUAUAAGCUCGGUAGGAAGGGAUGGAACAGGAAAACCAAGGACAACGACGGCUUCUCUCGACUAGAAGCAGCCUCCUGGACACUGGGUUGCGGUGACGGAAAGUUUGGCCCGAACUGCGGACAGAUGUGUCAGUGUGUGAAUGGCGGCGUGUGCAACAAUGCAACCGGGGAGUGCACGUGCAGGGCUGGCUACAUCGGGUCCACGUGUGAAAAGCGCUGCCCUGAGAACAGAUACGGCCACAAGUGUUCCAAGAUCUGUCGCUGCCAGAACGGAGCCCGCUGCAACGAGAAAUCUGGGAAGUGCAAAUGUCCACCGGGAUAUAAAGGAGAACUCUGCCAGGAAGCCUGCACAUACGGCACAUACGGUGACGGCUGCUCGAUGAAGUGCAACUGCAUACACGGCCUCUGCAACCACCGGACGGGAGAUUGUCGAUGCGACCUGGGCUGGAUGGGCCCGAAGUGUAAUGACCAGUGUUUAAGUGGACGGUUCGGCCCCAACUGUAACCACACCUGCACGUGUCAGAACGGGGCGGCCUGCGACCCCGUCACCGGAUGCUGUCAUUGUGUCGAUGGCUACUAUGGACAAAACUGUGACCUGGCUUGUCCAAGUGGAACUCAUGGCCCCUACUGCAGUGACCGAUGUGACUGUGUCAACGGCGCCAAGUGCAGCCCCACCAGCGGCCAGUGUAAAUGUCUGCCAGGCUACACAGGCGAUAGCUGUGAACUCACGUGUCCUCAUGGAAAGUUUGGGCUCCGAUGUCGUGAAGAGUGCAACUGUGGUGCAGCCGAGUGUGACCAUGUGACUGGGGAGUGCCUCUGUCCACCCGGCGUGACCGGACCUCAGUGCCAGGAAGCCUGCACACGAGGGAAGUACGGACCGAACUGUGAAUACUUCUGCGACUGCAAAAACAAGGGCAUCUGUGAUCUGUUGACGGGGGCAUGUGACUGCCUGGAGGGCUUGACCGGGCCACGCUGUGACAUAGCAUUAAUAGCGAGAAAAGCUUCGACAAAUGAAACGAUGUUCUCCCUACCGGGCCACGACGGGGAGACAUCCCUUGGGCUGUGAACUACAGUCGAAAGUAGGCACAGCCUUCCAUAAGAACAGUCGACUGAAAUGUGUCCAUUGUGUGUGGAGCGCAGUGCCUGAAUAUCACGUUUAAGUUACCUGAUGGCAUUUUCUUAGGAUUUCUGACAUUGCAUCAGUUCUGUUUCUUUACCGACAUGAUUUGUGGAGAAAUCAUAUUCUACCUGAUGUACAUGACGGUUACUUGGAAGGUUGCCAUGGUGAUAUGUGGCCACCAGUGAGAAUGUGUUGAAAGUGACAUUAUGGUGCUGAAACUGAUCUCUCGCUGUGUAGGUGUUGUAAGCCAGGCUCUGAUUGGACAAGGUUCUGUUAUCAUCCAAUGAGGAUGACUGAGACAACUGGCUUUUGGAAGCUAGAGGCUGAUACAACGCAGGUCGUCUAUGAGAGUGUAGCUGUGUUAUUGUUACAAGUCUUUCAUUGUAAUAUUUCCCAUUUCAGUGUCCAUGCUUAUGUUCUGUAUACUGCUCACAGAAAGUUAAGGAUAACUUAAAAGGAAGAAAUAUGUCACUAACAUUCCUUUUGGAACUUCAGAUAUAUUUGUUUUAAUUAAUUUCGGUAAAAAGUCAAAGAGUGAUCUAUACAAACCGUUGAUUGUGUAUGAUUAGAUGUAACUCCCCCAGUGUUUGCGCAAAGCCUGGAGGCAUAUGUCAUCUGAUUCUCCCUGUUUGGAUACAAGGACAUCGUCCUCUCCUGUGUCCUCUAAGGGUCCCUGCAAGGUCCUUCAUUUCCUGUGAGCAGUAGACAAUGUAUGACUUGUUUACGACGUCACUGCACUAUGUGAUCUGUUGGUGACCACUCUCAGGCAUAGAGAUAAAGUCCAUAUUUGUUUGUGUAACAAAUAAUUUGCAUUUUUCAUGUUUGUUGAGUAUGGAUGUGUUUGUUUCCUUUAUUUUUUACAGUGUUAUUCUUUUGUUACCUCUCUGUCAAUGUCCACCCUCCUCUUGAAGCCAGUCGGGUUUUGAACGUAGUCAGGAAGUAUACAAUAUUGCACAUACAGUGAUUUAGUGGUAAAACAUGCAAUCUCAGGCGUUUGGAAUAAGUCAGGUAAGAUAUACAAUAUCAUAUGUUUUGAAUAUGUAUGGUUAUAUAUACAAUAUCACACUUAUGGAAUAAGUCUGGUAAGAUAUAAUAUCACACGUGUGGAAUAAAUCUGAUAAGAUAUAAACAAAAUCACACAUGUUGAAUAAGAUGUUAUUUUUCACAAUUUUGCAUUUGUGCUUGCUAAAUCAUUUACAUUUGAAACUUUUUCAUAGGGGUGUUUUAUGGAUCACCCUUUCCAAAAGACCCGUAAAUGUUUUAAAGAUCAGUUCUUAUAGACUACAGAAUGACUUCACCGACUGUGAUGGUAAGUGUUGAUGAAGCUGCCAUGAUGAUCUCCCAAUGCUGGCUGUACCUCCGAACUUCCAUCUGUCAUUUCAUCAUUUGCCACACAAGAUAUUUUCAUUUAUUGUUUAUAUUUUCAAGAUACCUCACUAAAGGUGUACAUAAUUUUUUUAAAGACUUUAGACUGUUUUCUUACCUUUGGAAUUAAUCUUUGGAAUGUAGUCUGACACAUCUGCAUCAACUGAAUGGCUGCAGCCAAAAAUAUCAUCAUGUCAUUUUCCCUAUUGUGAAGAAACAGAGCUAUUUAGGCCAGUGUGCAGGUUUUGUUGUGUGACAUGGGUCAUGAUGAUUGAUGACGUGUGUCACAUCAGAAACUUGUCACCUUCUAAAGGGGGAGUCUGUUACAGACAGAUUAAUCACCUGCCUUAAAAUCUGUAAAUCCUGGGAUGAUUCCGCAAUUCUUUUCUCUUCUAAGCUAAGAUAACAGUCCAAUAUAUACCAGAUCACAAUAGACAGGCUUGAGAGAUCUCACCUCAUCGUCACUCUCAUCUGUUCCAUGUCAUAGUUUAUUUAUUCCCUCCCCGUUUCUCUGUUCUACCUCAGCAGCAGGAUGUGUCAAACUUACUCACUCACUCACUCAUGGAUCAUGACCGCUGCCUCCCACACAAGCUUGAAAUGAAGGACUAACAUUGUUGGUGGUUUGGGUUUUGUAAUCAGCAGUUAGUUGGUUAGCCUACAAGGGUUAAACACCCAUAAUGAGCCAGUGCCGUCACAUAGUCUCAUUGCCAGUGCCAAUAAUGCAGCCUAAAACAUUCACUAAAACAGGAUUUGUGGUUGGAUGGAAAAGAGAGAUCCGAGUGUGGAUCCAGCAUUUUUUUAAAAGGGAGGAGGCCAAAAUAUCAAAAUCCCCUCUCUGUCAAUUUACUGUCUGCAAGAUACAUUUGGUUUUCAAAAGGGGGGGGGGGGAGGUCCAGACCCUCUGGAUUCCCCCUCUGAAUCCACCCAUGAAAUCUUAGUGCUUUUGGAGCUGGACACCUGGAUAUGAGGGUGGCCACGUGCAUUGGAAUGUGAAAGUGAGCGCUAAGAUUUGAGUUUGGGCUUUAAGAAUUAACGAUGGGCACUUUGAUUUGAGGGUGGGCUCUAAGAAUUAACGAUAGGCACUUUGAUUUGAGGGUGGGCUCUAAGAAUUAACGAUAGGCACUUUGAUUUGAGGGUGGGCUCUAAGAAUUAACGAUAGGCACUUUGAUUUGAGGGUGGGCUCUAAGAAUUAACGAUGGGCACUUUGAUUUGAGGGUGGGCUCUAAGAAUUAACGAUAGGCACUUUGAUUUGAGGGUGGGCACUAAGAAUUAACGAUGGGCACUUUGAUUUAAGGAUGGGCUCUAAGACUUGAUGAUGGGCACUUUGAUUUGAGGGUGGGCUCUAAGAACUAACAAUGGGCACUUUGAUAAGGGACUAGGCACUUAGGUAUGAGAGAGGGCACUCAGAUAUUAGCGCUAUGUUUUUUUAAUUGAAACCACAACAAUUUUAGGCCAUAUUUCUUAUUUAUGAACUAAAACAGACAAAAGCACAAAUGUUUUGACACAUCCUUUUGAGCAUCAGUUUACUUUUUUCUUUUGUUGUAGUUGUAAAUUAUAUUGAUGUAGGCAUGGAGUGGGUUACACACAGCCAUCAACAGGCAAGACAAUGUCAGACAGAUUCCAGCUAGGUUGCGAUUUUCUUUUACGCUUUACGUUAUUUCAGCAAAUAAAACUGUUUUGUAAAUUAUUCCUCUGUAUUGUUUCAUAUUCACAUUUGUGCCAUUAGGUUCUUGUCCUGUUUUGUUAAAUAAAGCAUAAUAACUUUCAUCCCUGUUGUCGACAGUCGCUGCUGUCACUGAGGUUCACUCAGCUCUGCUGUUGGACAACAUAGCACGAAGGACUGCUGGCUUACUUGAUCUUCAAACCUAUUGAAAUACGGUCAUGCUUUUUGGCUUUUUUUAGAGAUAAUCUUUUGUGAAAAAAAUGAUUGAAAUUAACAUGAAAAUAAAAUAAAACCAUUUUCAUGAACCAGAAUAAAAUGUCAAAUUUUUAUAUUAACUGUUCUUGAAAAAGCUUCAGCGUUUGCAAUAAACUAUUUAGGUAAAUUGGCUUUCUUCAGAGAUAAUCUUUUGUGAAAAAAAUGAUUGAAAUUAACAUGAAAAUAAAAUAAAACCAUUUUCAUGAACCAGAAUUAAAUGUCAGAUUUUUAUAUUAACUGUUCUUGAAAUAGCUUCAGCGUUUGCAAUAAACUAUUUAGGUAAUUUUGGCAGAACAAUGACUUGUUACCGACUUAAACGUAAUUGUUGCGUGUAUAGUCCUUGUUGCUAUUUACUAAGACAUAAGCAUAUCACAGACAUGUUGUUGAUAUAUAAGAGAUAUAUUGAGCCAGCUGUUGAUUUAAUGAAGGCGUUGGACCCAGACAGGUUGUACAUAUGUAGUUUAUUCUGUGAUUUUCGACAUGGUAUUCUAUGGUUGCAGUACGUGUUUCCGCAAAUCUGUUUUGCUCCCAGAGCAGUUAAUGUCAUAUAUUUUUUGUAGUUGGAUUUAUUAAAUUGUUCAUUACAGUAUAGGAGAUCCUCCCUACAUCUUCAUCCUUAACUAUAGAAGUUGCUGUUGCAGAAACAUUUGUGGUACAGUGUUAUAACGUAUAAUUUUCCCGAAAAGUAAGUAAGACAGACGCGGAAAAUGUGGAGUUAAACUGGGAAUAUAUGAUCAAGUGAUGUUUCUAACACCAGAAAUAUGAUCCCUUGAUUUUACCAACUGGGAAUAUAUGAUCAAGUGAUGUUUUUAACACCAGAAAUAUGAUCCCUUGAUUUUACCAACUGGGAAUAUAUGAUCCAGUGAUGUUUUUAACACCAGAAAUAUGAUCCUUUGAUUUUACCAACUGGGAAUAUAUGAUCAAGUGAUGUUAUAAGCAUUAGUAAUAAGAUCCCUUGAUUUUACUGAACUGGGAACAUGCAAGAUAGAGAUGAAACUAGAACUGGAAAUGUAUGCCCUACUUAUGGAUGUUAAGCUGCAGGGGUAUCACUUGACGAGCGGACACAGAUGUUUUGUUUAUAUAAUUGACCGACUUCUUCGUUUGAUUACAUAUUGUAAACUGUUGUUUGAUGUUAACAGAUGGUUCCAUUCGGGCCAGUCUUGAUAAUCCAUGGUGUUUUACCCCGAUUCCAUUGUGAUAAAUACCCAAGGGUGAAAAGAUGGAAUGGAGAUUUAAUACCCUAGAUUAACGAGGAUGGUGUUGUGUUUGAUGUUCUGUCUACUAGAUCCAUUCUGUUCCCAGAGUGGUGCAUCCAUGAUAUUUGUACUGCAAUAUUUGUAUUGUAUCCCGUCUUGUCUGCAUUAAACUUGUAUAGCAAAUUGUAUUAAUUAAUUAUCAUAUUUGUAUUGUCACGUGCCAUAUGUUAAUUCUACAUAUUGCAUACUCACUUUGAAUUAUGCCAUUAACAUGAGUUACCAUGGUUACUGUGCAAUAUGCAAUCUUACCAUUACUGGUAAACCAUGUUUGUUAGAAUUUUAACCCAGAAUUGGAUGUUCCAAUAUGUUGGAACAUAGGUUUUGUACAGAUUCAAUUUUUAGGGUUUGAAUUAAAACACAAUUCAACAUAAAAAUUAACAAUGGCAGUGUUUCUGCUUACAACGUGAGAACUCAUCGUUAGUCCAGCUUGAGUCCUAAUGUACGGAGAUAUAUUUAUUUGAUGCAAUAUGAUGUAUUGUCAUUACGAUUACCAAGACGCUGCUUUAAUUGUAGAAUUCCUGUACUAUACUGUGCUAGUCCUGUAGCAGCAUGAGGAGGCGUAACAGCCACACCCACAAUACUAGAGCCAGUGGCUAAUAAAUAUGUUAAACAUUUUCUCA